UGCGGCGCAACGUUGCCGGACUUUCAGCGCCGGAGUGAAUUUCCCGGCGUCUGGAGCGUCGGUCCUUCCGUAUGAGUUCUACGAGAAGCUUGGAUAUGCGAAUCCGUAAACAACUGUCUCUCUAGCAACUGAAAUGGAAUGGUUCCGAACCUUUUUGGCCGGAUUUCCAGACGGUAGAAAGUAUCUGGAAAGAUCUUUGAUUAUAUUGGGGCCGCAAGGAGGCAACGAUUACAGCCUUCUUUUCAUAGGAGGCUGGACUCUUGAUAAGGUGCAGCCGUUGGCACCUCUAGUUGUUAGCGGCCUCGGAUCUACAAUUCAGGAGUUGAUUGAGCUUGGAGUAGUUACAAUUCUCGUCCCGGAAAAUUUUCCGUUUGGUUGCUUGCCGGAAUAUCCAACACUGUAUGACGAGUCUAGUUCGGAGAACUACUAUGAUACGCAAAGUGGUUGUCUCUCUUGGUUGAAUGAGUUCUCCCGUUACCAUAACGACCUUCUCCAAAAGGAAGUGCAGAGAAUAAGGGAGCUUUAUCCUCACGUCGACAUAAUGUAUGGAGACUAUUAUAAUGUCGUAAUGUGAAUGUUUCUUUCCCCCCGACCAAUCCGGAUUUGGGAACCAAGUUCUUAGGUCUUGUUGCGGAGUAGGAGGCCGAUACAGGUACAACGAAUCGGAGCGAUGCGGCAAUCGUGAAGCGACAUGUUGUGAUGAUCCAAGUGAAUAUAUAAGUUGGGAUGGGAUACACUACACUGAGGCGGCCCACAGAUUGAUAGCCCAAGGGCUGCUCCAGGGAACGUAUACUGAUCCUAUUUUCUCGACCAUCUGCCUUAAUUCGGCAUCCAAGCCUCGUGCCGUAGCCGACUACUAAGGCUCAAC